AUGUCUGCCGCUCGAGAAGGUCGUUUCUCUGCAGAGGCCAGGCCAUCGAACGAGACCACAAUAGCGGCGAGCAUUGCGUCCGCUGUCGUGGACGAGGAAAAGAACCAAACGACCGAGGAUCGAGUUCAAUCAGAUUCUGAGAAUGAUGAUGAUAAUCAGGAAGCCAUGGACGCAGCCUGGGGCAAGCAUGGGAGGGUUUGGAUGUGGAUAGGCAUCGCACUGAUGUGGACCAUCUUCGAGCUUGACCACGCCACCAUCUACAACUAUCAGAACUAUGCAGCUUCCGACUUCGAAGAGGUCGCUCUCCUGGGUGCGUUGAUGACCGCUGGGACCAUUGUCAGUGCCGUCCUGAAGCCACCUAUCGCGAAGAUAUCCGACGUCAUCGGGCGAGCCGAGACGUACAUGGCCGUGGUCGUUUUCUAUGUCGUCUCCUACAUUCUUUGUGCGUCUGCCAGGGGAUUCGGCCAAUAUACUGGAGGCUAUGUCGUCUACUGUAUCGGCCAAACCGGCAUGCAGAUCCUCAACCAGGUCAUCGUGGCGGACAUCACCUCGUCGAGAUGGCGUGGUCUUGCGAACGGCCUGGUCAACCUACCGUUUAUGAUCAUUCCUUGGUGCUCGGCAUUCAUUGUUGACAGCGCUCUCGCAAACAUCGGCUGGCGGUGGGGCAUUGGGAUGUUCGCCAUCAUCAUGCCGGUCUGCUCUGUAGCCGUCAUCAUCCCUCUACUGUGGUUUCAGCGCCGACUGAGACGGGCAGGCGGUACUGUUCGAAACAAGACAACAACCCGCGGAUUCGUCUCUCAAAUUGACCUCGGCGGAAUGGUUCUGCUCAGUGGAGGCUGCGCAAUGCUCCUGUUGCCACUAGCACUCGCCGGAAACACUUCUGGGCGUUGGCGAGCACCAUGGGUUCCGACUCUGAUUGCAUUAGGAGUCGUCUUCCUCCUGGCACUGGUAUAUUACGAGGCUCGGAUAGCGUCAAAACCCGUCAUCCCGCCGCGCUUCGUCAAGAAUGUCUCCCUGGUCCUUGCAUUCCUGAUAGGCUUGCUCGACGCCUUUGCCUACAGCGUCACGCACACCUACCUAUACGCAUGGGCAACAGUGGUUCACGAAUUUACGCCGCGGAAUGCGACGUUCCUGACCUAUGCCGCCGGCUGUGUGCAGGUCCUAACAGGCUUGGGCACGGGCUUCCUCAUGUACCGAUCAAAGCGUUACAAGUGGCUUCUACUGAUCGGCGUCAUCAUCCGGCUCAUCGGUUAUGGAUUCAUGAUGCGCCUUCGUGGUGCAAACAACUCGAUCGGAGAGAUAUUCGUCAUGCAGAUCAUCCAGGGGGCGGGCAGUGGCAUGGUCGGCACUGUGGUCAUUGUCGUUGCGCAGGUAGUCGUCCCACGAGCGGAGCUGGCACAGUCGACCGCGCUGGAACUUCUUUUCAUCUACCUUGGCAACAGCAUAGGCUCUUCCAUUGCAGGCACCAUUUAUACAACCCUAUUCAAGCAACGGUUACGCUUCUGGAUGGGCCCUGGCACCCCGCAAUCGGCCAUCAACAGCGUGUAUGACACGAUUACCGAGGUCGUCCCUCAGCCAGGCUCAAGCGAACGGAUGGCGGUCAAUCACGCUUACUCAGACAUCUUGCGGUACAUGACCAUUGCCGCCUUGGUCGCAUCAGCGAUUCCCCUGGUCGUGGUAUGGUUCCUGCCCAACCUCAAGUUGAGCGACAAACAUAACCUUGCUGGUGAUCAGACGAAACCCGAAGGGUCGGACACGGAGACGGAUUCAAUUGAGGAGACCCGGGUACAGAAAUGGAAGCGAAGGAUACGUUGGUGA